AUGUCUUCUGAAACCGCCGCCAAGCACGACCACUAAAACUGUGAAGAUCACGAUCACGAUCACGAAGAAAUCGACAUCGAUUAAUAAAUCGAAGAAUCCAUCAAGGAAUUAGCUCUUGGUGAAAAGAUCAGAGCUGUUGCUAUCAACCACCACCUCGCUGAAAAGAAGGCCCUCGAUGAAGAACUCUAAAAGAAGAUCCAAGCCCUCACCUUCGAAUACGAACAAAAAUCCAUGCCCAUCUACGCUAAGACUCAAGAAAUCGUUCAAGGUAGAGUUCCCACUGAAGAAGAAUUGAAGGACUUAGAAAAGUACUUAAAGGAAGAAGAAAAGACUCAAGUUGAAGGUGCCAAGAAGGAAGAACCCAUCACCGAAUAUUGGUUGAAGGCUAUGAAGAGCAACGACGUUUUGGCUAUGGAAAUCAAGGAACAAGACGAAACUGCCUUAAAGACCCUUACCAAGAUCGAAUACGUUUUGGAAGAUACCAAGAAGUUCCACAUCGUCUUCACUUUCGGUCCCAACGACUACUUCACCAACACUGAAUUAAAGAAGACCGUCGAAUUAGAUGAAAACGAAGAACCUGUUAAGACCACCGGUACUCCCAUUGAAUGGAAGGAAGGAAAGAACACCACCGUCAAGAUCACCAAGAAGACCCAAAAGAACAAAAAGACUGGUGUCAAGAGAGUCGUUGAAAGAGAAACCAAGAUCGAAUCUUUCUUCAAUUUCUUCUCUGACUCUGCUCCCACUGAUGCCCCCGAAGAAGAAGACGAAGAAAAGGACGAACAAGCCAUGGACGGUGACAGAAUCAACAUCGACUUCGAUAUUGCUAGAUCUUUAAUCGAUGAAGUUAUUCCCUACUCUCUUGAAUACUUCCUUGGUAUUAAGACUGGUGGUGAAGAUCACGAUGAAGAAAUCGAUAUGGAUGACCUCGAUGAAGAAGAAAUCGCCUAAUUGCAAAAGGAAUACGCUGCCAAGACUGGCAAGAAGGGUCCUGCUGCUGGUGGUGCUAACGAUAAGAAGGACUGCAAGCAAUAGUGA